AAAGUAAUUUCGAAGAGCCUGGCUGGGUAUUUUCCCAUUCCCAGUUCAACUAUAUCCAGACCGCCUUUCUACUCCUCGACUUCAAUUCCUAGAUUGAAAUGGAUCCAAAGCUUCACCACCAGCUUCAUUUUGUUCUGAUCCCUCUCAUGGCUCAAGGCCACAUGAUUCCCAUGAUGGACAUGGCCCGAUUGCUUGCAGCCCGCGGUGUGGUCAUCACCAUAGUCACCACAACAACCACCGCCUCUCGAUUAAGGGCCAGUGUCGAUCGAGCCGUGGAGUCCGGCCUCGAAAUUCAUCUCCUCCACCUCCACUUCCCAGGCCAAGAAGUGGGCCUACCUGAAGGCUGCGAGACCCUUGAUGCCGUUACUUCAAUAGACAUGAUUAAGAAAUUCUUUGCCGCAAUCGACAUGCUACAACACCCAGUAGAACAGUUCCUCCAAGAAAAACAACCCCUCCCAAGCUGCAUAAUUUCAGACAUGGGCAUCAGAUGGACAACCGAGACAGCAUCGAAGUUCCAUAUACCAAGGCUCAUCUUCCACGGGACGUGUUGUUUCUCUCUCUUGUGUGUGCACCAAGUGCGCCACUACAAGCCACAUGAAGGCAUUGGAUCCGAUUCCGAGCCAUUCGUCGUGCCACACCUGCCUCAUCGGAUUGAGAUCACCAAAGCCCAAUUGCCUGGAGCCUUUGCUACCGCUUCAGACAUAGCAGAAAUCCGUGAAAAGAUGAGAGAGGCGGAGCUAAUAUCUGAUGGCGUGGUGGUAAACAGUUUCUACGAACUAGAGCCAGAGUACAUCGAGAACUACCAGAAAGCUACAGGCAAGAAAGCAUGGACCAUCGGCCCAGUGUCCCUCUAUAAUAAGGACGGGUUAGAUAAAGCUGAUAGAGGCAAGGAAGCGUCCAUCAAUAAGAGCCAGUGUUCAAGUUGGCUUGAUUCGAGGAAGCCCAAAUCCGUCAUUUAUGUUUGUUUUGGUAGCAUGUGCCGUCUCAUGCCUGCCCAGCUGAUAGAGAUCGGCCUAGGCCUAGAAGCGUCAGACCAGCCAUUCAUUUGGGUGGUUAGGAAUGGUGAGAAAUCGUCCGAGAUGGAGAUAUGGCUCACGGAGGGAUUUGAAGAGAGGGUAAAGGAGAGAGGUCUUAUUAUCAGAGGGUGGGCACCACAGAUACUGAUAUUGUCGCACCCUUCGACGGCAGGGUUCUUAACACAUUGUGGUUGGAAUUCGACAGUGGAGGGUAUUUGUGCUGGUGUGCCUAUGAUAACAUGGCCACUCUUUGCAGAGCAGUUCCUCAACGAGAAACUGGUAGUAGAUGUUUUGGAGAUCGGGGUCAGCGUUGGAGUCAAGGUAAGUGGUAAAUGGUGGCAAGAGGGUGGCGUUGAGGAGCUUGUGAAGAUGGAUGAUGUGAAGAAAGCAAUAGAGGUAUUGAUGGAUGAAGCAGAGGAAGGGGAAGAAAGGAGAAAGAAAGCAAGAGAGUUUGGGGAGAAGGCAAGGUGGGCCAUGGAAGAGGGUGGAUCCUCUUACAUCAAUAUGACCCAUUUGAUCCAGGAUAUUAUGAACCAUGUUUUAAAGGAACCAUGCAUCAAAGACCAUAUUACAAAAGAAAUUGAGCUUAAUAGUAAGAUGGAAGGUGAACAUGUACCACCAUGUGAUGACCUAAAUGUAUAGCGGGGGGGGGGGGGGUGA